AUGAAGCUAUAUAAUGGCAUGUUUCUUUUAGCAGAAAUAUUCGUGCUUCUUUUCAAAGUUCUCUAUUACAUCUGUGAGAGUGUAUAUAAAUUAUUUGCUCCAGUAAAGGAAAAAAGUGUGGCUGGUGAAAUUGUUCUGGUAACAGGUGCGGGUCGCGGUAUAGGAAAAGAAUUAGCAAUUGGUUACGCCUUGUUAAAAGCCACAGUAGUAUGUUGGGACAUCAAUGAAGAAACCAACCAACAGACAAAGAACGAGAUUAAAAAAAUGGGAACAGACUCUGUACAUGCAUAUCGAUGCGAUGUGACAAACAGAGAAGAAGUCUUCAAGAUGGCCGAAAAAGUAAGAACAGAAGUGGGCGACGUUACUAUUUUAAUUAAUAAUGCUGGCCUAGGAAUUGUUAAAACACUUCUAAAUUAUAGCGACGAUGAAAUUACGCGAACCAUAAAUGUGAAUGUUAUUGCGCAUUAUUGGAUGUUGCGUGCAUUCUUACCAAGCAUGAUUGAAAACAACCAUGGUCAUGUCGUUGCGUUGUCAUCAGGAUUAGGAAUUGCAACGUCAAUAUAUUCAACAGUUUACUCUCCUACAAAAUUCGCAGUCAGAGCACUUAUGGAGGCUGUUAAUGAAGAAUUGCGUUUAUCUAGUAAGGGAAAAUCUUUGAUUAAAUUCACUACCGCUUUCCCAACUGUAGUGUUUAACAGAAUGUUUAAAAAGCCAAUAAUAAAAUUUCCCAGUUUGGUAAGUCCACUAUAUCCAAAAGAAGCUGCUUCACUAAUAAUUAAUGCGCAAAGAAAAAAUUACAGAGAAAGGGGUAUACUUUUUCGUGUGAUACCAUUAUUAUCGUUCCUUAGAAAUUUUCCGAACAAAGCACAAGAAUGCAUAAAAGAUUUCGUUAAUCUUAGUGUCGAACCAGAUAAUUAAAAAAGCAAUGUCAUGCAAUUUGCAAUUACAUUGAAAAUAUAACAAAUG